CCGCUGACGGCCUGGAGCUCCCUCCGCUUGAAGCGACUGUCAUGGCGGCCGAGCAAAUCCACCAUAUUUUUUACAACUACUACACUUGUUGUACUAUGAACAGUAGUUUUAAGAGUUUUUUAGGCGAGAAUGUAGUUGUUUAGACCUGAAAUACGUAACUCAUAUUUAAUCACAGCGCCUAUUUUACAAUUUGUUUACACGUUUUCAGAGAUAAACGGUGAAAAGGUAGGAGUGCUGUUAUCACUAGAAUAUUGCACGGCUAUCAGCCAAUCAGAUUCAAGAACCAGGAAGAACUGUUGUAUAAAUGUUCAUAUAAUAACUUGCAAUAGCAAAGAUUGGUUGCUAGUUGUUUGUUUACUGCACUUAUUGACCUCUAUGCUUCCUGUGGGACUUUUUCACUAGUUUUCUGGUCUAGCAGGUAAAAUGUUGCAUCUGAUCACUUAGUAAAGAAGCAGCACACCUUUCGUCAACAACACACAUGAUUUGAGGAAUCAUUCAUGUACCUUGCACAAAUGAUUAUGGGCUAAAUUCUAAAAAAAAAAAAAAAAAAAAAAAACUGAUAUUUGAGCAACAAUAAAAGUAGCAAACAGCACAGAUACUGACCUGUAGAAGAAGUUCCAGAAAACAAUUGCAUGCUGUUCAUUUAUAUUACACAGUCCAUGCUAAUCUUAUUACACUGUAACAUGAACUAUAUAAUGUAAAAUGAAAUAUCUCAAAAGUAAUUUGUUCGAUUCUCUGCAAGCAACAAAGCCUGACAUGCGAGAGCAUCAGGAGGGGUGUUUAGUUUGAGUUUGUUCUGUCUAUAAUGGGUCCAUUGAAACCCACAGAGGAACAGUGCCAUGCAUUUUUAAUCAGGUGGCUUCUGAGGUCACUUUCUCCAUUCUGAGGAUGUGAAUUAUGAGCAACUGUGGGAUGAAAACCGAACCAAACUGAGAGAAAGACAAUGACAUUACCUCACGACAGGAAGACGGUGAUUUUAUUAGAUUGAUCUGUGAUUUUCACUUCCAAUAAUUGCUGUAAGACAGAGCAGCAGAACUCACAUCUCCAAACAGCUGAUGGGGGCUCGUACGGGAUUGUUUGCGGUAUGAAAAAGUAGGAACAGAAAAAAAUAUCUUGGAUUAUAUUCUCGGUUGGGCUGCAGCAGACAGCACCAGAUAAUUCCUUCAUUGGACCACAUUGGUUGAAGCAUGAGAGUGAGGACAUGGCUGAGUGUUGCGUCCGGGUUAAUGAGUUUCUCCUGUGAGGCUGUGCGGAGUUGUGCAGAGAUCCAGUGUGAUGAAGAUCAGCGAUGCUGCACUCAGAACAGCAGCAGCAUCACGGUGGUCCACUGCUGCAAACUCCCUCUGCACGCUUUCCUCGACAAUCUGGACUGGAUCGUACGGAGGCUGUCGGGACUGCUGAUCCUGUUGUUGCUCUUUGUGGUGGGUUAUUUCAUCCAGCGUGUCGUGUGUCCACGUCCCCGCCGGCAGACGCCAGAGGAGCCAUCACUUCUACAUGGACACACAUCCCAGGACUCCCUCACUGGGGACUUCAGCUCCCCGGUGCUGCUGCUUCCCACAUACGAGGAGGUGAAAUAUCUGCCCACAUAUGAGGAGAUCAUGAUGGAGGUGAAUAGAGACAAUCUGAACUCGGAGGAAAGACACACAACCUUGCAAACAUCUAGAAGAGCCAGAAACUCUCUAUAA